AUGUUCCGCAUUGUUGAGUACGCCUCUGUAGAGAACGAUUCGGAGGACUAUCAACUCCAGCCCAGCCGUCCACCAAGUAAUAUAACGUUGGUUAGCGAGAAUAAUACGGAAAUUGACGGUAAUGGUCCAUCAAACAGCAAGCCAGAGGGUCAUAACGACCAUCAGCGGUCGUCGCAAAAUUCCCCUUCACAGGGGCCCGUUCCUGUACCGACAUCAUGCACCGUCGGAUCUCAAUUUCUCCUCUCACCGCUGAAAAGCGAAUACGAGGCAUCUCUUUUUAAAUAUUUUAUGACGUCCCUCUCUCCUUGGUUUGACUACUGCGACCCGAGCCGGCAUUUUUAUACAUACAUCGCCAGCUCUGCGUCUAGUAAUCCUAUCCUCAUGUAUGCUGUUCUGACGGUGGCUGCUAGGCAUCAGCGCUCGCAUUCAGAGCGUGAGCGAUUGAUUGCAGAUGAAUACCAGCAAUACUGCCUUGAGUCAUUGAUAUCCGCCCUUGAUAACUCUGAAAAAACACUAGAUGAGUCUCUUUUUGCGUCUGCUGUAAUCCUUCGUCUCUCUGAAGAAAUGACAGAGCCUUCUCCUAGAGAAAUUGUCGACUCGCACACCCUGUCUGCUCAUAUCCUUGUUCGAAUUAAAGAAGGAAACAUUUGCACAUCAAGCUUCACAGAUGCCGCCUUGAUCGUGGUCUUGCGACAAGAGAUCUUCGUCGCGAAUCUGACACAACGACCUGUGGGGUCUUUUACUGACCACUGCAAUAUCGACACAUCACUGGGUCCGGCUUCUGAAGCAAUGUGGACAUACCGGAUCAUUGCUCACGCGGCCAAGAUAACCGACUUUGCGUAUGGCGAUGUCAUGUUCAGGACUAAGGAUCGCUGGAACGACCUGAUGCAGUAUGUCCAAGACUGGGAAGACAGCAGGCCGAGUUCCUUCAUACCGAUCUAUAGCGAAGCAGAGAAUCCACCGUCUAGUUGCUUCCCGAAGAUUUGGUAUUGUAACGACUGCCAUGUCGCGGCCCGCCUGUAUCUGGAACUAUGUCGCAUUCUCCUCUUGGCAUCUGAUCCAGACGCCUCGGCACUUCGAAUUGGGCGAUUCCGUCGCAUGCAAGAUAAUGAUGACAGGAUACGGGUGUGUGUUCGAGUCAUAUGUGGGGUUGCUCUAACAAAUCCUGAAUUCCAUACUACCCGAUCUACUGCAGGCUUGGCUAUUGGGUUAUGCGGCGAACUAUUCCAUGACCCGAGGGAGACAAAGGUUCUCUUGGACCUGUUGUCGGCCGCAGAGUUCCAUCUCGGAUGGCCUUGUUUGAAGUUGAAAGAAGAUUUACGGAGGUUUUGGAGGCUACCGGUGGUUGAAUCCUAA